AUGGGUAAAUCGAAAAAGAGAUCUAGAACAUCAAAAGCUCGUUUAAAUCCAAUAUCAGGUCGCCCAGACGUAAGAAAUGCAGCAAAGGAUAAUGCCUUAGUAACUAAAAGAAUUCAGCCACUUUUGAAACAAUUAGAAAGUGCAAUUGCAAAUGAUAGGCAUAUGUCCUUAUCUUCGGUAAGUGUCUUAUGUGAAGACACUCAUAUGAGAAGUUUAUUCUUAAGAGAAAAAUUAGUUCAAAUCAUUUUGAAGAAAUUAAUAACAGAUGAUAAUACUGAAAUUGUAGUUGAAUCCUACGGUUUGUUGAGAAAUAUUACCCUUGAAGAAGGUUAUGAUAUUUCAACUCAUUUAUGGAGAUCUGAUAUAUGGACAAGUAUUAUAGAUGGUUUCAACAAAAUUGAGAACUCAUUAAAUGCUUUAAAUGACACUAAUAAUAAGAGUUCCAAAGAAUCCAAAUCUCUUCUUUUCGAUUUUACAGAUAAUUUAUUAUCAUUAGUGGUGGCUUUAGCUAAUGGAUCAGAUAAAAUUCUAGAUGAAUUAUUAUCAGAAGAUAAAUUAACAAAUAUUUUUAAAAUUCUCACCUACUUGUUGCAAUUUGGUAUUGAUAAGAUCCCAUUGAAAUUAUUAAAUACAAUCUUAGAUUUGAUAUAUGAUUUUAGUUCAGAAUCCUUCCAAUUUAUUGAAUCUGUUUCAAACCAUGAUUAUUUAUCAAAAUUUGUAUCACAAUUGCCUAAUAUGAUACAAGAAAAUGAAAAAAAUCAAGCUUCUCAGCAGUUUAAUGAAUUGACUAAAGUCUUAGUUCAAGGUAUUUAUAUCCAAUUUCUAGAUAUGAAUUUGACUAUUGAACAGACUAACUCUAUAAUUCACGGUAUUUGUACUUCAAUUGAUAGUAUCGAUAUCAAACAAGUAUUUCAUGAUUUAUCAUCAAAGACUGAUGAUGAAGAAUUAAUAAAGGCAAAGGACUCCACUGUUGCUGAAAAAAUUAAAGAUUAUACUAAAAGACGUUCAUCAGCUAUGAUGAGAGUACAAAGUAUUGAAAUUGCCAUUGAUUUACUGACUGCAGUAAUUGAAUUAUUAGCUGCAUUAUAUGAAGAACAAAAGCAUACUAAAAACAAAGAUAGUUUACCAGAUGACUUAAUUGUAACAUUGGCUGAAUUUUUACCGCAUGCUUUUAUGGCAUUAAGUGAAAAUUUUACACCACGUAUUUUAAUUGUAUGGAAUAAUUUAUUAUGGUUAUAUAUAACUGUAGGAAUUAACAUUUUCGAUUUAAAUAACGAACCUUAUAAACAAUUAUGGUCAUUUUUAACUGAUAUCAGCACUGACCUAACUAAUCAUGAAAUUACUAGUAUUAAAAUGGGUAAAGAGAGUGUUAUUUGGGCAUUAUUAAAGACUGGCACUCUACAACCAGAACCAGCCAAAGUAUUAGAAUAUUUCAAUUUAAUAAAUAACGUUGACUUUGUUAAUACUUAUAUUAAAGAAUUUGAGAGUUUCCAAGCUGAAACUGCCGAAGAUACCAUUGAAUAUAAACAAAGAAUAUUAGGUGUUUUGUCAACUUAUGCAUUAUACCAAGGACAAAUUGAAGUAAAUAGAGUGAUUGGUCAAUUUUUUAUGAAUCUAUUAAUUAAAAAGGAUCUUCAUGCUGUUCUAACUGUUGAAAUUAUCAACUCACUUUUUGAAAUUUAUGGUGAUAAGAAUUUCGAUUAUGAUGAGGAUGUAUUUGUUAAGGAUGAUUUUCUAAGAUUAUUACAAGAACAAAUAGUACCAAAUGUCAGAUUAAUAUUCAAGUUGGUUGAUAAGAAUAGGGAUCCUCAAUUAAAAGAAAGAUGUAACGAAACUUUCAAUAAUUUAGAUAGCUUUAUCCAUUAUAAGAUGAAUGAACGAUCUUGA